GCACGUGUUGCUCGUGUUGCCAUGGAUACAAAAGAGUCGCAUGUUUCGGUGUUUCGGCAAUUUUUUGUUUGCACACUUGGGUGAUCAAAACGAGCUCUUGAAACAUUUUUGAUUUGUAUUGGGAGAACUACAACGGUGGCGAGAGAUGCAGAUAAGGUUUUUGAAGACGCUGCUGCCUCCGCAGGACGGUGCUGCCAAAGUGACGGCCAUUGCGUGGUCACCCAACAAUGUCAAGCUGGCUGUUUGCACGGCCGACAGGGUGGUCCUUCUCUUCGAUGAAGCUGGAGAGCGCAGAGACAAAUUUUCCACCAAGCCAAUUGACUCCAAGUAUGGCAAGAAGAGUUACUUGGUCAAGGCCAUUGCAUUCUCACCUGACUCAACCAAGCUGGCCGUAGGUCAGACUGACAACAUCAUCUAUGUCUACAAGCUGGGGGAGGAAUGGGGCGACAAGAAGGUGAUAUGCAACAAAUUCAUCCAGCAGAGUGCAGUUACCUGCAUGGUGUGGCCUCAUCAUGGUCCCAUUACGUUCGGCCUUGCGGAUGGAAAGGUUCGCAGUGCCAAUGUGAAGACAAACAAGUCGUCCACACUGUAUGCCACAGAAUCAUAUGUUGUUUCGCUGGCCAGCAGUGUUUCUGGGAAAGGAUUUCUUUCCGGUCAUGCGGAUGGCAGUGUGGUUCGCUACUUCCACUUUGAUGAUGGCUCUGGUGACACUCAGGGCAAGCUGCUGACGCAUCCGUGCCCACCAUACGCUCUCUCUUGGACGGACCAGUCGAUUGCGGUGGCGGGCUGCGACAAGCGCGUCAUCUUCUACGCAGCCAGGGACGGGCGUGUGCAGCAGCAGUUUGACUACAGCCGCCAGCAGGACGAGCACGAGUUCACUGUGGCCGUCUGCAGUCCUGGGGGCCAUGCCCUUGCUGUGGGAAGCUACGACCGUGUGCGGGUGUUCACGUGGAGCAGCAGCAAGCGUGCCUGGGACGAAAGCAAUCCCAAGGAGAUACAGAACGCCUACACCAUCUCCAGCUUAGCCUGGAAGCGAGACGGCUCCAGGCUCGUCGUGGGAACCCUGUGUGGAGCCAUCCUCAACUAUGACUGCAGCCUCCGCAAAACACUCUACAACAACAAGUUCGAGAUUACAUUUGUGGGACCUAGUCAGGCCAUAGUGGUGAACCUGGCAACCAAGACCCGGAGUGUGCUCAAGUCCCAGUAUGGCCACGAAAUCCAGGACAUCAAGAUCCUUGGCAAGGAUCGAUAUCUGAUUGCUUACACAGCAGCUACUCUGCUCCUGGGCGAUCUGAUGCAGGACAUAUUCUGUGAGAUAUUUUGGGAAGGCACAUCUCGGAAUGAGAAGUUUUAUUUCGAAACUGAAAGUGUGUGUAUGAUCUUCAACGCUGGCGAACUCUCGCUCGUGGAGUACGGUCAAAACGAAAUCCUUGGUUCAGUGCGAACAGAGUUCAUGAAUCCACAUCUGCUCAGUGUUCGCUUGAAUGAGCGGAGACGCCCGGGUGCUCCGGACAAUAAGAAAUUGGCCUACCUCAUAGAUCUCAAGACGAUUUUUGUUGUUGACCUGGUCACCGGGGUCACAAUGGCUCAAGUACCUCAUGACUCCAAGAUCGACUGGCUGGAGUUGAACGAAACCGGGCAGAAGUUGCUUUUCAGAGACAAGAGGCAGCGGCUGAGUCUCUUCGAUAUCGCUUCGCAAGACAAAAUAACUCUUCUCAGCAACUGCACAUUUGUCCAGUGGGUACCGGACAGCGAUGUUGUGGUGGCCCAGAGCAGAAACGUGCUCUACGUCUGGUACAAUGUUGACGCCCCAGACAGAACCACCAACAUCCCAAUCAAGGGAGACGUCAUAGACAUUGAGCGUGAGAACGGCAAGUCUGAGGUGGUCGUGAACGAAGGCCUCACCACCGUCGGAUACCCACUCAACGAGGGCCUCAUCGAGUUUGGCACAGCCAUCACCGAUGGAGACUUUGGACGGGCAGUGGCAUACCUGGAGAGCCUGGAGCUGACCGAGGAAACUGAAACCAUGUGGCGCACCCUGGGGCAGAUGGCGCUGGAGGAGCGGCUUGUGGCCGUGGCCGAACGCUGCUUCUCCGCACUCGGGGACGUGGCCAAGGCACAGUACCUUGGAGAUGUCAUGCGGUUGCAAGAGGAUGCUUCGCGUGAGACGGGGGGAGAAGGCCAGAACCACUAUGAAGUGAGGGCAAGAAUGGCCAUGUUGGAUAAGCAGUUCAAACUGGCCGAGAACAUUUACCUCGAACAGAACAAAGUGGAUGAGGCCAUGGACAUGUACAGAAAGCUGCACAAAUGGGACGAAAUGAUCCAGCUGGCAGAAACAAAGAACCACCCCAAUGUGGAAAAAUUAAGGGAGGACUAUCUCGAUUGGCUGCUGAGCAAUGGAAUGGAAGGCAAGGCUGCUGAGCUGAAGGAGCAGGAGGGAGACGUGGAGGAGGCGGUGACCCUGUACCUUAAGUCAGGGCUACCGGCCAAGGCAGCGCUGCUCCUUAACUCAAUGCCAAGGAUGACCCAGCAGCACGACCUUGUCGACAAGGUCAUCGAAGCCCUCAUGAAGUCGGAGCUGUACGAACAUGCCGGAAACCUCCACGAGGCAACAGGGGACCAUGCAAAGGCACUGCAGUGUUAUCGCAGUGGUCGCCUUUAUGCCAAAGCUGUGGAACUUUCACGCCAGCGCAGUCCCGGUGACGUGGUCCUGUUGGAGGAGGAGUGGGGAGAUCACCUGGUGUCACAGCGACAGCUGGAUGCUGCCAUUAACCAUUUCAUUGAGGCUGGAAAAACGCUGAAAGCCCUCGACGCAGCCAUCAAUGCUAGGCAGUGGAAAAAGGCUGUGCAGAUCAUUGAAGUGAUAGACGAUACUCCGGAGCUGAACCCCUACUAUGCAAAGCUUGCACACCAUUUCCAGUCUGCAGCGGAGUAUGAGAUGGCAGAACAUUUCUUUUUGGAGGCUGGGAUGACGAAGGAAGCUAUUGAGAUGUAUAACAGUGCUGGAAGAUGGGAGAAAGCACACAAGCUUGCAAAACUGCAUCUGAAGCCAGAGGAAGUAAGAAGAAUGUACACAGAACAGGCAUCAGAACUGGAGAAGCAAGGCAAGCUCAAGGAUGCAGAGAAGCUAUACCUGUUCAUCGAAGAGCCUGACUUGGCCAUCACCAUGUACAAGAAAUGGCGCCAGUACGACAACAUGAUACGCAUUGUGAAGGACUACCACCCGGACCUGCUGAACGACACUCAUUUGCAUCUGGCAAAGGAGCUAGAGAAUGAAGGCAACUACCGCCAAGCAGAAACCCACUUCCUGGCUGCCGGUGACUGGAAGGGGGCAGUGAACAUGUAUCGUACCAGCAACAUGUGGGAGGAGGCCUAUUCUGUGGCCAAAAGCCAAGGUGGGCCGGUAGCCUGCAAGCAGGUGGCAUACUUCUGGGCCAAGAGUCUUGGUGGAGAGUCAGCCGUUAAGCUGCUAACCAAGUUUGGCCUGCUGGAAAACACCAUUGACUACGCGGCCGAGAGCUGCGCAUUUGACUUUGCGUUCGAACUGGCCCAAGCCUCGGCAAAACACAAGCUUGCAGACGUGCACCUCAAGUAUGCCAUGUUUCUGGAAGAUGAAGGAAAGUUCCACGAGGCAGAGCAGCAAUUUAUCAAGGCCAACAAGCCGAAGGAAGCAGUCCUCAUGUAUGUACACAACCAGGACUGGGAGAGUGCAAGGCGUGUGGCAGAGGCCCACGACCGGGAGUCUGUGGUGGACGUGUCCAUAGGCCAGGCCAGGGUGGCCUUUGAGGCUAGCCACUUCCACCAGGCGGAGUCCCUGGCCCUGAGGGCAGAGAGGCCCGACCUGGUCAUCAAGCUGUACAAGGAAGCGGGGAUGUGGAACGAUGCCCUGAGGGUGUGCAAAGAGUACACACCGUCGAAACUGCCCGAGCUGCAGGAGGAGUAUGAACGCCACAUGGACACCAAGGGAACAAGGGACGUGGGUGCACUUCUGGAGCAAGCUCAGGAAUGGGAGCGCAACGGUCAAUACGACAGGGCGGUCGACUGCUACAUGCGCAUGUCCGUCGACAGUGUUACCAACGUCGACGUGCUCGAGAAGUGCUGGGUCAAGGCUGCAGAUUUAGCACUGAAGUUCCUGGAUGAGCAGAGGGCUGACAAAGUUAUCAAAAAUGCCGCUCGCAUGCUCCUCGAGAUCCGGAAGCAUAGCUCGGCAGCACAGCUAUUCCUCAGCAUUGACCUGGUUCAAGAUGCUGUGGACACCUUGGUCGCUGGUGAGGAAUGGAGCAAAGCAAAGAAAGUUGCCAAGGAAUUCGAUCCCAGGCUGGAAGAGCACGUGGACCGCAAGUACAAGGAGUUCCUCCGUCACCAGGGCCAAACCGACCAGCUGGCCAAUGUGGACGUCAUUGCGGCCCUCGACCUCUACGCUGAAAAGCAGCAGUGGAAGAAGUGCCUCGAGACAGCACAGCAGCAGGGGCCCGAGGUGCUGCACAAGUAUGUGGCCCUGUGUGCCAGUCAGCGCAUCCGCGAGGGCAGUCCGCUGGAGGCGCUGCGCCUCUACGUCGAUCACGGUGCUCCUGCACUUCCCCAAAACUUCAACAUCUACAAGCACAUCACGGCCAGCGUGAUGGCACACGGGGGACUCCAGGGUGCAGACUCCUACCGGGCUUGGUCCGAGCUCAGAGACGUCCUGCACGACCUCGUGAAAAACCUAGAGAAGACUGGCCAUUCAGAGUCUGCGGAGUUUGAGAGGCUGCUCCUCAUCAGCAGUUACUACGCCACCCGGUCGGCAUGCUUGGGGCAAGAUGCGCUCAAGGAGCACGCCACCAAGAUCUCCGUGUCCCUGCUGCGGUACACCGAGCACAUCCCAGCCGACAAGGCCUUCUACGAAGCAGGCCUCGCCUGCAAGAAUGCCAACAAGGAUAACAUGGCAUUUGUGUUCUGGAACCACUAUCUGGACAUUUGUGAGGCUAUUGAAGAGGGAUCGCUGGACACGCUGGACCACUCCGACUUCGAGAACACUGAUAUCCCGUCCGAGAUACCGCUCCCCGAGAAGAUGUUUCUCAGUGAGUCUGAGCACGAGGAGGUGAAGGAGUGGGUGCUGGCCAUCUCCAUGAACCAGCAGGUGGAGCAGACCCUUCCGGUGGACGAGCAGGGCUACUACGAAGCCUCCCUCGAGGGACCCAGGGGGUUUGUGCGGGCACAGCCCUGCCUCAUCACGGGCUACCCCGUCCUCAAAAAUAAGCACACCUUUCUGAAGCCUGGAUUCCUAUGCAACAAGGAUGACUGGAACAAAUUUCUCAUGGCAACCAAACUCUCCCACAGCACCGAUUGCCAGGAUGUGCUCAAGUUCAUCACUGAAUGGGCGGGAGGGACGCCGAGCCUCAGCUACUCUUUCCAGUGAAUGUUUGGAGAUGUUAUUUGUAACUGCACCUGGCAACAGAAGAGUCAAUGUGUUUUUUUUGUCCAAUAAAUAUGGUAGUUCACCCA